GGUAAAUGCUGCAAAAAAGAAACAAAAGUUUAUACAAAUGAUGCUGGAAAUGAUAACAAAUGAGAAACCUUCAGAGAGCUUGAGUAGAAGCUUAGGAAGAACUGCUCUGCAAUGAAAUGGCAUGGCAAUGGCAGAUUCUGCACAGUAGAGUUCAUGGCAAGUAUUUGCCUAAUAUAAGUCAAGCAAGAGACAGAUACAAACUUAAGAGUGAAGACUGGAACGUCUAGAGGGAGGUACAUAGCUGCAGCUCAAAGAAAAUGAAUGGCACACUGGAUCACCCAGACCAACCUGAUCUAGAUGCUAUCAAGAUGUUUGUGGGUCAGGUCCCACGGAGCUGGUGUGAGAAGGAUCUAAGAGAACUUUUUGAACAGUAUGGUGCUGUCUAUGAAAUCAAUGUCUUGAGGGACAGGAGCCAAAACCCACCUCAAAGCAAAGGGUGCUGUUUUGUUACAUUUUAUACCCGUAAAGCUGCACUAGAAGCACAGAAUGCUCUUCACAACAUGAAGAUCCUCCCAGGGAUGCACCAUCCUAUCCAGAUGAAACCAGCUGAUAGCGAAAAGAGUAAUGCAGUAGAAGAUAGGAAGCUGUUUAUUGGAAUGAUCUCCAAGAAGUGCAAUGAAAAUGAUAUCCGGGUGAUGUUCUCCCCCUUUGGGCAGAUUGAAGAAUGCAGGAUAUUGCGGGGCCCAGAUGGCCUGAGCCGAGGUUGUGCAUUUGUGACUUUUACAACAAGAGCCAUGGCACAAACAGCAAUCAAAGCAAUGCACCAAGCACAAACCAUGGAGGGUUGCUCUUCUCCCAUUGUGGUAAAAUUUGCAGACACGCAGAAGGACAAAGAGCAGAAACGAAUUGCUCAGCAACUCCAGCAACAAAUGCAACAGAUCAGUGCUGCCUCAGUAUGGGGAAACCUGGCUGGUCUCAACACGCUUGGACCCCAAUACUUAGCACUUUAUUUGCAGCUCCUUCAGCAGACAGCAGCUGCGUCAUCUGGGAACCUGAACACAUUGAGCAGCCUCCACCCAAUGGGAGGACUGAACGCGAUGCAAUUACAGAACCUGGCUGCAUUAGCAGCUGCAGCCAGUGCAGCUCAGAAUACACCGAGUGGUACUGCUGCACUCACUUCCUCCAGCAGUCCCCUGAGUGUGCUCACCAGCUCAGCAGGUUCCUCACCUAGCUCCAGUAGCAGCUCCUCUGUUAAUCCAAUGGCUUCUCUUGGAGCAUUGCAGACGCUGGCAGGGGCUACGGCAGGCCUCAACGUUAGCUCUUUAGCAGGAAUGGCAGCCUUAAAUGGAGGACUUGGCAGCGGUGGUCUCUCAAAUGGGACAGGUAGCACAAUGGAAGCCCUCACGCAGGCUUAUUCUGGAAUCCAGCAAUAUGCUGCUGCUGCUUUGCCCACACUCUAUAACCAGAGUCUCCUAACACAGCAGAGUAUUGGUGCAGCAGGAAGUCAAAAAGAAGGUCCAGAGGGAGCCAAUCUGUUUAUCUACCAUCUCCCCCAGGAGUUUGGGGAUCAGGAUCUGCUGCAGAUGUUCAUGCCAUUUGGAAAUGUCGUCUCUGCCAAGGUUUUCAUUGACAAGCAGACCAAUCUAAGCAAGUGUUUUGGUUUUGUAAGUUACGACAAUCCUGUCUCUGCGCAGGCUGCCAUUCAGUCAAUGAACGGCUUUCAGAUUGGCAUGAAGCGUCUGAAAGUACAGCUCAAGCGCUCUAAGAAUGACAGCAAGCCAUACUGAGCGCCCCUCCCCUCCGGGACUGGAGUGAGAAGGAUCUUCUGGUAAGUUGGAGAGGAGCGCACUUAGUGAUUCGAAGCCCUAAGGCUGUGUUUUUACAGUCCUGGAAGCUGAUCCAUGCCUUCUAUCUGGCAAAUCUUCCCCUGAAGACUCGGCUGCAGCCUCUGCUGAGAAUCCUGCUUCGGAUGGAGGACAAGUUUGUGCUUUUGUUUCCAGUGUUUUACUUUGGAGUUUAGGUGCCAUAUCGCUGAGGUUUUGUUUUGUUUUGUUUUUUUUUUAUUAUUUUAUUUUAUUUUAUUUUUUUUCCCUUAUUUGAAGUUUGCUGUGUUUGUAACCAGUGUGUGUUGAGAAGGACCAAUGCCAGCUCCUUGGGGGUGGGGAGGGAAGGUUUAAAGGGAGCAGCAGGAACUGACACCACACUGCCUUGGGGUAGAGAGGAGAAGGGGAAGCAGAACUGACACCACACCACCAUAGGGGAGAGGAGAAGGAAAAGCAGGAAUAACACAGAACAGCUGAUGAAAACAAAGAUGAGGAAGGAGAACCAAGUCCAUCCAAGUUUGGGUGAGCAAAGAACUGACUCCAUGUAGCCUUUGUCAUGCCCCAUCUGCUCUUGGAAAUUUCCUUAACUGUAUGCCAUGGUGGGGAUUUAGUAAAGCAUCUCUAAAGCAAGAGACAGGCUAGAAGUGUGAACACAUUAACAAACCAAAGGAAAACUGCAGUGAUUUUUUUUUUUUUUGCUGUAUAUAAAAUAGUGUUUAUAUAGCACUGUGAACGUACACAGCACUUUAUAAAAUUAGUAGAUAAUGUCCCUUCCCAGAAAAUUUCACUAUGUUAAUAUGAAUAUUAAUGAGAUGCAGUGAAUUUCUCCAUAUUUAAGAGAACUUAUCCCAUGUACUUUAUCUAGUUUUUGUAGAAAAGUAUCGAGAGAUACGGCUUAGUCUGGAUGAAUACAUCAGGCUGGAAACAAGAAACUUUUGAUCCCUGGUAACCUGCAGAAUUUUUUUGACAAUUUUUCUUCUUAACAGUUCAUCACAUUCCCCAUUUCUGUGGAAUAAUGUCCUUUUUGCAGAGUACUACUUUGAAUUCAUUCUGAUAAGCAUAAUGUAAGUGCUGUUUGUUUUUCUAUUAAAAUGACUGUUGAACUGAGAUACAAAGCCCAGAGUUGCCCUAACACAGCUCUUGAGGCUCCUGUUUCAUACAUGUUCUCAUAGGAUUCUCCAUCUUAACUCUGUUGCAAAAAUAACAUCCUGGGUUUUAGAAAAAAAAAAAGAAAAACAAAACCGGAAAAAAAAAAAAACACAAACAAACCAAACCAACAAAAUUAAAAAAAAAAAAAAAAACAAAAAACACAAUUUGUGCAGUGAUUUGGUCUAGUAAUUAGGUAUUUCUUUGUACUGCAGUUUUCCUUUAAGGUGGUGUGUAUCAGUGCAAAACAGGCUAACACAGGAGCUGUGUAAUCAGAGCAGAGCAUUGAGCCAUUCAGUCGUCUUCUGCCUUUUGGUACGAGCUGUUAUCUUCUAUGCUGAAGGAAAAUUGAACACACCCCUUCAAUGGACACACACUUUUUCUGCACACUUGUGAAACUGCUAAUGCGUUGCUAAGGGCCUUUGUUAUACACUGGUUUUAGGGGGCUCAAAGGACUUUUGACACUCUGGCCUGAGUUGUUUUAAGAAAUCAGAGUAGAGUCCCAUUUAAUAACCACCAAAAUCCACCUCUGUCCCAAGAGGAAGUUUACAAUUUCUGUGCAUCUUUAACAGAAAUUUCAUUUACCUCAUAUUUUCUCCUUUUCCUAUUUUUAUUUGUAUUCCUGGUUCGUGAUGCUGUUUCCCAGGGCACCAGCUAGCACUGUGAUCUGGGAGCCAGCUGCUCAUUAACGAGCAUGUGGAUCAGACACAGGAUUGGGACUCUCUGUUCUGCUCCAGGAGGAGGAGCACUAAACCCAUCAAACCGGAGAUGAGGGUCAGAAUCCACACCCAUGCACGGUGUUCUGUUGGGAAUGUCGGGUGUUCCCAGGGACUGGGUCCCCUGGGAUCUCAAACCUCAGAAGUAAAAGGCCUGUACCAUCCAAAAAGAGCCCUUUCCGUUCUUAAAUUGAAAAAGAAACAGUUGAUGCUGGUCUGUCUGUGUUGAUGGCAGGCAGGUAAAUCUGUCAGUAUUACUCGAAUCAUUUUGUGGUGGCAAAGGUUCAAAGGCCAGAUUGCCAAAUUUCCCCGUUAUGCUGGCAUGUGGUACCCUUCUGUGUUAAUUAUUUGAAUCUCUCUAGAAACGUAAACAUACACUUAAGUGAACCAUGUACACUUGAAUUCUGCACGAUGGGAAAGAUGUGUCCUGGUUUUCUGAGAAAAGAGUGUUGGAGUUUGAAGGCCUCCAGGGUGAUAAUGGGAUUUUUUUUUUUUUUUAUAAAUAAUAUACUUUUCAAAAAAAAAUGAAAAAAAAAACCAAAAAAAAAAUAAAGAACAACACGGAAAAAAAACAUAGUUGGGAGCAACUGCUCCAAGUGCAACCUGCUGUAACCAAGAAUGUUGUUUCUAUUUUUAUAGAAGUUUUAUACCGCUCCAGGGUGGAGAAUAUUUAUUACCUAAAUUAUUUCACUGGAAAAAAAAAAAAAAGGCCAGGGUUUUUUAGAAUCCUGAAUGUGAUUGUUUUACAUGCAUAAUGAUGUGCAUGAUUGAAACUACUGAUUUUCAGUGGCCUGUUUGCAGCCCAACUGCUAAAUGGGGAAGAAGAAUGCUGUGAACCAGUGGAGGAGAGCACUGUGCUCUGGGGUCUCUACAGUCACUCUUACCUUCUUUGCACCCUCCCCCACUGUACUAUCUGAGACCUUUGUCCUGUUUUGCUUUUAACCUGAUGCUCUGGCCUCUUUGCUAGUCAUUUCAGUUGCCCCAAAUUAGAUAUUUCAGCUUCUACAUCCUGUAGUGUGUCCUCAAUACUGUAAUUUAUGGAUCAAGCUUGGCAUUGUUGCAAAUCGGUGCAACUCCUAUUGACUUCAGGAGGUUCACCAGUUUACACUGUGGCUUAGUUUGACCAGUGACUCCUCCCAGACGUAAUCACCUUAAGACACUUAACUUGGGCUAGCUCUUGUGCCUUACUGGCAUAACUGUAAGUAUUGCCAAAAAGAAGAAGAAAAAAAAUCUAUGCAGGUUAAAUUUUAAAAUAUGUGAUCCUCAGCUGGUUUGAAUCAAUGCAGUACUGCUGUCUUCAGUAGAGCUGCAUCAGUUUUCACCAGCUGAAGAUGUUGCCCUUUUUUGUGUAUAUGUUUCAGAUUUCCCUUUCUUGGUGUAUCAAUGUAUAUGUUGCCAAAGUUAAUAAAUGUAUCGAGUUUGUGACUUGGGCAGAUAUUUUUCUGAUAACAGAACUGAUCAGAUAAAGUCAACAUUUCCGUGUCUGUCUGGUGCCUGCCGCUGACUAGAGAUUUAGGCUCUUCUUGCCUUCCAGUUUUAAGCCAGUUUUCUUCCUCACUCAUGGCAGGGAAGUCUUGAAUUUUGGGGACUUGGGGCUCUUAAACUUUAUUUUAUUUUUAAUAUCUAUCAUGCUCUCAUUCAAGUGCAAAUCAAAUCGGUGUCAAAUGCUUUAUUUCCUGGAUGGUAGGAUAAGAGUGGGGUGAGUUCAAAUAAACUGCAGAAGGAUUGGCCACAUUAGCCACAUGGACAGAGUAUUCUGUAUGCUCAUAAACCAAAGAAUCUGGAUUUUCUACAACAAAAGCUAGUAGAACUUCUGAUGAAAUGGAAUUCCUUAUUACAUGUGCCACCAAGAGGGGUGUUUACAUAUUUUUAGAAACAAGAUGGUAAUGAUCUACUUCAUAGAUUACUUUUUUUCUCAGAAGACAUUGAUUUUACUAGAUAUGCCAUAAUAAAAUGAAAGUAUUACGAACAGUUUAAGUCUUGGUCUGCUGCUACUUAGUAUCAAGUACUACAGUAAAUGAAAUCCUAGGUUCUUCAGUCCCCUAGAUAAUCAACAGUCCAAAAUAGGAUAUCUCUUUGUAGUUCAGGUUUUUUUCUUCCAGUAAUACAAAGCUUGCCUUAUUAGAAAAUGCCUUUGAUAUAGAGUGAUUAAAUUUUAAUCCUAAACAGAAUGAGGAUUGGAAUUUUUCAAAAGUGUCUGAGGCAGCGAUGGUGAAUAUCUCUUCAUAUUUUAGUGGUGAGGCAGUUCACUAGCUAUGGGCACUACUAUCUGGAAAAUAGGUGCCUCAGAGAAUUUCUCACUGGCAAAUACAUCUCUAAGGAAAAAAAAAGCUUUUCAUCUGAAUACUGAAGGUCAGUUAACAUGAUAGAUUCUGCUUGCAUGGUAGAAUUAACUGAAGUGUUCUUGUUGAUGGGUGUAAGUUAGGGAAGAACAGGCGAGCAGAAUGAAGUUGUUUCUAUUUCAUUUGGAAAUACCUAAAAGUAACUUGGAAAAAGCAAAUCGCAAAUGAAGGGUGCAACUAUGAACACAUAAAAUGCUUUGAGAGCUUGUUGCACGCAUUUAAACAUAAGGAUGUGAUAUAUCCCUGAGCAUACCCACCACAAAAUAUAAAACACAAAAGGCAGAAUUAUUGCAGUUGCGAGAAUAAAACAAGGACAAACUGGAAAAACUUUCCCCAACUCAUUACAUUCUUAUCCAGCAUCUCAUGGCUCUGCUCUUGUAGGCCAGUCCCUCCUCAGGGCUUUAAUGAAACUUAGUCUUUCCCCUCAAAAUUUCUGAGUGAAAUACUUGAAAAAUCUCUAUCAGAGAAACCCCAAACAGAUCACACACACAAUUUCUACGGUGCAUGCUUAAAUGUCACUUGUUUUCAUGCCUCUUGUUGUUUCUUAUGCCUCAGUUUGUGAUGAAUUUGCCUUUCUGGUUUUGGACUGAAACCUUACAGCUAUCUGCAAACUAUCUAGAGUAUUUCUAAAACUACUGAAAUAACUGCAAGAGUGGUAUUGUACUCUGCUGGAGUUCGUUUAAACUCAAUACUGAGUCCUUUCCCUGAAUUAGAAAGUAUAAAGAGCAAACUAGUCUCAGCAGUUCUAGUAAGUGGAGUGUUGCAGGUUUAGGGGACAGCGUGCUUCUUGUUGCUUUGGACCUAGAAUGCAACACUUGCUAUUCUCAAACAUGGUAGAAAUGCUAUAAGAUAAUACGCAAGUCUCACCUUGCUGUAGUCUCUAACCAGCAGGUCUGAGAUGUGCUGAACAAUAAGGCCACAAACAGGAGAUAAAAGGGAGUCAGGGCAAGAGGGGUAGGGGAGAGAGGAAGAAAUAAGAAAAAGAAGAAACUUGCUUCCUCUCUCCUCUGCCUCCCACAUUCUUCCCAGAAUGUUGCUCAUCUCCUGCAGUUCAAAAGCUGUGGGGAGGAAACAAAGGUAUUUAUACUUAAUAUAUGAAUUAUUUUAUUUAUAAACUCUGCAAGAAAGCUUCAGGAAACACAUUUUUUCUACUCCUCAAACUGGCAACAGUGACUGUAGAGCUUCUCAGAGCCCAGGAUCCCCUCCUCACAAAGUCAGGGAGCUGGGGGCUGUUUAUAUAAAGGAUUGGGAAUGGAAAAUCCCUGUGCAGGUCUAAUGGUAUGAAAAGUGCUCAGCUAGGACAAGUCUUAACUUGCAGUCAAGUCUUAAGGAAUUCUUCUCUAAUGUGUGGAGUUUUUGUCUUGUAUAAUUUAAAAAAAAAAAUAUUUUUUCCCCCUGUUCAAAAUCACCCAUCCCCAGUUUCAUGGGCUCCUAGGGAAUGAGAAGGGACUGUAGCUGAAGGAAAGAACAUGAAUUUCCUGGGCUACCACUGCCUAAGAAUUUCCCAUGUUAGGAUGCAAGAAAAGUCUCAGCCGCCAAACCACCUGUGAAUCCCUUGUGUCCUCUGUCUUGUCUCUCAUGGUCUCAGUCUCUGUGGGCAAACAUUAGCCCUGGAGCCAUAUUUUUUGGAGUCGGUCUCCUGGGGAGGGAGCUUGCUCUGUUCUUCUCCUCAACAGAGCUCGUGGAGACACUGGGCACAGGGCAAGGUGAAUGCACGCUCAUCUGUGUGUGCCUAGGCUGUUGGAGUACUCCACAGACUGGGAAUUGAGAGGGGAAAUCCAGGCCUCUGCUUCCAUUUGGUUUCUGGCAGUUUGAUGUUUACUUGGUGUCCUUCAUGUACUUUGACUUUUACUUGUCCAUCAUUGGCAUGUGCUGCCCUUCCCUGUCAACUCCCUUCCCCAGGAGAUCUCAUUGUACAGUGCCCAUUCUUGUUCUCUCUCUCCGUGUUUGGAUGUACUGCUCUGUGUAACUCAGUGGGUCUCCCUCUUUCUGGUUUGUUUUUUUUCUAGAUUCCUGCCGUUUGUUCAUCGUUGUGCCUAAAGCAUGUCGAUGUGGCGUUCAAGUACAUCGUCCAAAUCCUUGUCUCUUCAGCUUCUCUGAUGCUUGAACUCUCACCUUUGACCUUGUGUUGACCUUUGAUGCUGAUGUGUAUUUUUAUUAUGUUUGUUUCUUUCUUUUUUUUUUUUUUGUGGUUUUUAUUUUUUUUUUGUGCUGCCAAAUUGGUUUUGCUAGAAAGACUGCUGAAGGGGAAUAUUUAAACUUGCAUUUGAAUAUAAAAGAAUUUCUAUUUUUCUAGACCUUCGUAAGAUAACCACUUGAUUUUGUGAAUCUGAUUCUUUGUAAUUGUCUUCAGAGCAGCCUUGCUAGCAUACCUUGUGGAGUAUUUGUAUUUCUGUGAACAUACAGCCAAUCACUUUCUAGGCUUAGUUUCUUCUGUGUGCUUAGUUUUAAAAACACAGUUUCGAAGAAAAAAAGUCAAUUAUAUGGUGUGACUCAAUCUUUCAAGAGACUUUCUAGUCACAUUUUGCUGAUCUGGUUACUGUGCUUGAGGAGACAGCAUGUGUUUUUAUGAGUUCAAACUUGUGACUUGAGUGGCAUCAGCAGAAAACACUUGAACUACAUUUUCUUCCGAUUGUAGCUACUUUUUUUGCCCUGGCAUUUACUGAUUUUUUUUUUUUAAUUUUAAUUAUUAUUUUUAUUUUUUUCCCCUGCUUCCCUGUGUGAUUAUCAGUCUGCAGUGAAAAUUUGAUCAAAGUUGAUGUUGUAUUUUGUUAAGCUCCAGCAUGUUUGGUUUUUUUGUAACUACAAUCUCCUCAGCAAAAUGUGAUGUUUUUGUUUUAAUCUUUCAAACUAAGAUAGUGCCCAGAAAUGUUUUGCAUGUUUCCUGCUGUUUUCUUCACACCCCCGUAUAUAUCACCUUCACCCUCUGUUUUCUAUAGUUUGUGCAAAAACUGAGCAAUUUAAUGGGUUUCAAAGGUAUCCUUUAAAUUGGUGUUUUUGGUAUGACAAAUAUCUGAUCAGAAGCCACCUGAGGGCAUUUACCUGUGCACUUAGACUGUCUGCCUGACAGAGCACCUGGACCUUGUUCCAUCUCCAGUGCUGUCAGAGGCUCCCAGGGGGCUCGGUCACACCAUUCCUGUACUGGAAGUUUUGGUGGGAGGGGAUAGCUGGGGUACAGAAGGGUGGGGGAGCUUCACGGUAUUUCUGUUUCCAAAGUUAUCUGAAGCUAGGGCUCCUUUGAAACACUCUUUAUGAGCAUUUUGUAAAAAUCAGGGCACGUUUUUUGUGAAGUCCAGCCCCAGUUUAAUACCAUCAGUCAGGCCUUGGUGGCAGGAUCCUGGAGGGAUCUAGGUUAGCUCUCAAAAUCAAGUGUUUGAAAUAUCCCAGAGAAAGCAUUUGUAAACCUGGCCCUACAACUGCUGGCUCUUUUCCCAAGUGACAAGCACAAUACAACAGCCUCUGAAGCUGUUACCUGAACAGGGUACCAUCCUCAGCUCUCUUCUCAAGGGCCUUAGCUGGGGAAUCUCUACGGAGAUUUUUUAGUUUUUGUUUAGUUUCUAAUUGGGUAAUGAGCUAAGCAGUUUUUCUGGCUUGCAGGAUGAACUAGAACAUGUUACUGCUUUCCGGGUAGCAGGCUUCCCCCUAUGCUACAUACCAUCUGCACAGGUAGAAACUGGGAUGUAGCUUCUAGAUGAAAGCACCUGAAGAUGUGUGCUGUGAUGAAGUUUCCGUCAGAAGGAGAAGCAAGCUAAUGUAGGUAUCUUAACAGUAGAAAAUAAUGUGAAAUGAAAUCCCAGGGAAGGGGUUUUGCUGAGAAAACAAAUCGUGUUUUAAUCGGAUAGAAAUCUUACUUCUGUCCAGUGUUUGGGAUAAUGCAAAGAUGCAAAAGGAUGGUGUUUUCUGCCCUACUCCUGAGUGGACUGAGGAUACUGCUUGUUCUCAGUAGAUGUUGGCUAGACUUGUGUAGACAGUCCUUAAGCUGCUUCUGAGACAGACCACGUUUGGGUAUGGUACAUAUACCUGGGAGUGAAGCGCGAGGCUGGAUGAAAAAUGGAGAGAGACUUGUUUAUUUUGGGAGGUAAGAUGGUGGGCUGGCUGCUGUUAGUCCCACAGUCUGAAUGCACAGGGCUGUGUGUCAGUGGGGGACACCGAUACCCUGCAGUGGAUUGAGUAACUGCCAAUACGUUUCUAUACACGCGCAUUUGGUUCCAUAAGGAACUUUGGGGAAACCUGUGGAAAAAUAUCUGAAGAAAACCAAAAUGCCAAACGUUGGAUGUUUCUUUCCUUUCUUCUUUCCUUUUCUUCCUUUGGUUGUUUUAAUCGUUCUGUGGUGGUUUUAAUGGAUUUGAGACAGUGGAGCAGCAGCUGCCUUUCUGAUUUUUGGCUGCUUUUUGUGAAUAAUUUAAAAAGAAAAUUUACAUUUUGGAGACAAACCUGUGGGCUUUUUUAUUGGUACAAACAUUGUAUUUAACACUAGGGGUUUUGUACAGUUUUUUGCCUUUUCUACUAGAAAACAAUGUAAAGUGAUUCACAAUGUGACGAGAAAACAAAUUGCCACUAUGACCAAAUGUAGAGUCUGUUCUGCAGUAACGGGAUUUAAUCAACUCAAAGUCGUGGUUCAGUCGUAGAAAUGCUUUUCUUUACCUUGUUUGAGCUGUUCCUUUUUUUCUUGUUUUGAUUUGCAAAACAAAAUGUCUUUUUGUGUGAAAUUGUGUUGUACUCUGUAGAGAAUUAUGGAUUUUACUUUAAUGGUUUAAAAAGCAGAGGAGCACGUGUUGCUUUUCAGAUCUGAUCACAGAGUUUGUGUAGUGGAUUUAAAAAUGAAAAGAUUUGUUACAAGUUUGGAACGAGCGAGUAUGUGUUAAAGGAAUUUUCUUCCUUUUGUGUGUGUGUGUUUUUUUCUUUUUGUCCCAAAGGGCAACUUAAAGCUGUUUUAAUUGCACAGACACACCGACAACAAGUCAUUUUGUAUAUGCCAAGUGUGGUACCUUCCUUUGUUUAUUUGCUAUUAAACUGUUUGAGAAGA